UGUCGGGGUCCUGGGAGCUCAUUCCGCGCAUGUCAGAAGAUAUACUUGUCACACAACACGUGCGACAGCCACGGUGUUUUUUGUUGGCGCUUGUGUUUACAUGAUUGUCUACAGAAGUAUACCUACAAAUCUAAGUAAUUUACAGAAUAACACGAACAGAUAUUUUGUAAAUGGGGGGUCUACAGAAAAAGAAGUAUGAGAGGGGCUCUGCCACCAACUAUAUCACAAGGAACAAAGCCCGCAAGAAGCUGCAGCUGAGCCUGGCAGAUUUCAGACGCCUGUGUAUUCUGAAGGGCAUCUACCCUCAUGAACCCAAGCACAAGAAGAAGGUGAACAAAGGUUCCACAGCUCCCCGCACAUUCUAUCUGCUUAAAGACAUCCGGUUCCUCCUGCACGAGCCCAUCGUUAGGAAAUUUAGAGAGUACAAGGUGUUUGUGCGUAAACUGAGAAAGGCCUAUGGAAAGGCAGAAUGGACAGGGGUGGAGAGACUGCGAGAUAACAAGCCUGGCUACAAACUGGACCACAUCAUCAAAGAGAGGUACCCCACAUUCAUUGAUGCCCUCCGUGACAUAGACGACGCCCUCUCCAUGUGCUUCCUGUUCUCCACCUUUGCCCGCACUGGAAAGUGCCACGUCCAGACCAUCACGCUAUGCCGACGUCUCACGGUGGAGUGGAUGAACUACCUAGUCACAUCUCGCUCUCUCCGGAAGGUUUUCAUCUCCAUCAAGGGGAUUUACUAUCAGGCAGAGGUUCUUGGACAGCUCAUAACCUGGCUCGUGCCCUACCAGUUUGCCCAUGAUCACCCAACAGAUGUGGACUAUAGAGUAAUGGCUACCUUCACGGAGAUGUACACCACCCUCUUUGGCUUCAUCAACUUCCGCCUCUACCAGACACUUAACCUGGUCUACCCACCCAAGCUGGACAGCAAAUCUGAGUCAGAGCUGAAGGCAGAAUAUGAGGAGGACUACGCCAUGGACUCUGAGAGCUACUUGGAGAAACUGUCUGCCCUGAGUGCCAGCCUGGCGCGGGUGGUUGCCACCGCGGAGGAGGAGGAGAACCAGCUUGACCAGUUCCCUGCUGAGGGGGAGGACCUAGAGAACAUGGAGGCCAGAGAGAAGGAGCAAAAAGAGCAGGAGGCCCAGAAUAGGCUUUUCGAGGGGCUCAAGUUCUUCCUGAACAGGGAAGCUCCCAGAGAGUCACUGGCUUUUAUCCUGAGGUGUUUUGGUGCCGAGGUGUCAUGGGACAAGUCCCUCUGCAUCGGUGGUACCUACGAUGUGACUGAUGAGACCAUUACCCAUCAGAUUGUGGACAGGCCCGACAUAGACAAGCAGUACAUCAACAGGUACUACAUCCAGCCCCAGUGGGUGUUUGACUCGGUCAACGCCAAGAUGCGCCUGCCCGUGGAGGACUACUUCCUGGGGGUGACGCUGCCGCCCCACUUGUCACCCUUUGUGGAGGAGAAGGACGGUGACUAUGUGCCCCCGGAGAAGCUGAAGCUCAUAGCCCUGCAGCGUGGCGAGAAGCACGUACAAGAUGAUGAUGAGGAAGAAGAUGAUGAUGAUGAAGAGGACAACGAUGAGGUGGACGAUGAAGAUUUGACUGAGGAGAAGAAUCUGAAAAAGAUGGAGGAUCAGCGAUCCCAGGGCAAGCAGACUCUGGCGGUGAAGGUGACCCCCGGCAAAGUGAAACCCUGGGAAACUGGUUCCGUGGGGAACAAGGUUCGACUGGAGCAGGAGGAGAAGGCAGAGGAGAAGCGUCUGGCAAUCAUGAUGAUGAAGAAAAAGGAGAAGUACCUGUACGACAAGAUCAUGUUUGGCAAGAAGAGGACGACCCGAGAGGCAAACAAACUGGCUGCUAAGAGAAAGGCUCACGAAGAUACCAGCAAGGCAGAGAAGAAGCAGAAAAAGGCCAAGAAACAGUAGCCACCUAACAGUGGAUAUUCAUCAAGGACUGGUUUUGAUUUGUAUGGUUGUCAAUCAUACAAGGUUGAAGACUCAUGAAACUGAUGGGUUUAUUAUGAGAAAAAAGUAUGAGUUGGUCCCGUGGUGAUUGAGAUCAAUGUUAGUAUCAUUUGUCAAGCAUGUUGGCAGGCAGAAAUACUGGAGGAGUCACAUUGUUGCAAAAUAUUAUCCACCCUGCCUCGUCAACCGUUGAGGUGAAUGUCUGCUUUGUUCUUAUUUGUGUGAACUCUGAUAUUCUGGUCAGUACUCUGUAAAAGAAAGAUUUUACCACUGAUUCACCCUAUUUUAAUCUAUUAAAUGGGUUUCUGUGUAAUUACAUUUACAUUUAAGUCAUUUAGCAGACGCUCUUAUCCAGAGCGACUUACAAAUUGGAAAGUUCAUACAUAUUCAUCCUGGUCCCCCCGUGGGGAAUGAACCCACAACCCUGGCGUUGCAAGCGCCAUGCUCUACCAACUGAGCCACACGGGACCAGUUGGUAAUCCAUUUACUGUUAUUAAUGACUCUAAUAACAUAAACAACAAGCCCUGCUGUCAUCAGAGAAAUGUACUUUGUAUGAAACCUCCCCUAACAAAACAAACAACACAUUUGUAUACUUUUUUUUUUUUUUUAAGUAGGACACUUUUUUGGCAUGAUGUGUAAUUACAAUAAAUAGUUUUUGUUUAAACUUCUUUGAACUUGAGAGCGGGGAGCGAUGCAUAGGGUAACGCUAAGUUACAUUUGAAGUUGGAAGUUUACAUACACCUUAUCCAAAUACAUUUAAACUCAGUUUUUCACAAUUCCUGACAUUUAAUCCAAGUAAAAAUGACCUGUUUUAGGUCAGUUAGGAUCACCACUUUAUUUUAAGAAUGUGAAAUGUCAGAAUAAUAGAGUGAUUUCAGCUUUUAUUUCUUUCAUCACAUUCCCAGUGGGUCAGAAGUUUACAUAUACUCAAUUAGUAUUUGGUAGCAUUGCCUUUAAAUUGUUUAACUUGGGUCAAAUGUUUCGGUUAGCCUUCCACAAUCAUUUUCCUCUCAUGAUGCCAUCUAUUUUCUGAAGUGCACCAGUCCCUCCUGCAGCAAAGUACCCCCACAAAAUGAUGCUGCCACCCCUGUACUUCAUGGUUGGGAUGGUGUUCUUUGGCUUGCAAGCCUCCCCCUUUUUCCUCCAAACAUUAUGAUGGUCAUUAUGCCCAAAAGGUUCUGUUUUUGUUUCAUCCGACCAGAGGACAUUUCUCCAAAAAGUACGAUCUUUGUCCCCAUGUGCAGUUGCAAACCGUAGUCUGGCUUUUUCAUGGCGGUUUUGGAGCAGUGGCUUCUUUCUUGCCGAGCGGCCUUUCAGGUUAUGUCGAUAUAGGACUUGUUUUACUGUGCGUAUAGAUACCUUUGUACAUGUUUCCUCCAGUAUCUUCACCAGGUCCUUUGCUGUAGUUCUGGGAUUGAUUUGCACUUUUCGCACCAAAGCACGUUCCUCUCUAGGAGACAGAACGCAUCUCCUUCCUGAGCGGUAUGACGGCUGUGUGGUCCCAUGGUGUUUAUACUUGUGUACUAUUGUUUGUACAGAUGAACGUGGUAUCUUCAGGCGUUUGGAAAUUGCUCCCAAGGAUAAACCAGACUUGUGGAGGUCUACAUUUUCUUUUCCUGAGGUCUUGGCUGAUUCCUUUUGAUUUUCCCAUGCUGUCAAGCAAAGAGGCACUGAGUUUGAAGGUAGGCCUUGAAAUACAUCCACAGGUACACCUCCAAUUGACGCAAAUUAUGUCAAUUAGCCUAUCAGAAGCUUCUAAAGCCAUGACAUAAUUUUCUGAAAUUUUCUAAGCUGUUUAAAGGCACAGUCAAGUUAGUGUGUAAACUUCUGGCCCACUGGAAUUGUGAUACAGUGAAUGAUAAGUGAAAUAAUCUGUAAACAAUUGUUAAAUCACUUGUCAUGCACGAAGUAGAUGUCCUAACCGACCUGCCAAAACUAUAGUUUGUUAAUAACAAGACAUUUGUCGAGUGGUUGAAAAACAAGUUUUAAUGACUCCAACCUAAGUGUAUGUAAACCUUCGACUUCCUGUACCCAUGUCAACUUAAUGUCUUUUCCUCUUUUUUGUCACAACCUUUUCUCAAGACUUUCCAUUGUGAAGGUUUAAGUUGUGCUGAUCCUUUGGAUUAAGAUACCUGUGUCAGUGUCCUAUUGUAAUGCAUUACUGACUAUUCCUUCUAAUCACUGUACCACUCACUGGGAGCCAAAUCAUUUAUUGGUGUCGGUCUGUGCAUGACAGAUUGCAACCUACUGGGUUCCAUAUAUGCUGGUGGUGGCACCGUCAGACCAACUCUGAUACCAAAGAGGUGGAAUCUGAUGCCACAUCAUGAGGACUGGUGGGGACAGAGGCUGAGGAUGCCAUGUUAUCAAAGUAGCCUGUUCCACAGUGCUGAGCUGGCCUGAUUUAUGCAUCCCCUUCAUUGCUGUAGGCCACUGUCCAUAGGGCGGCGCACAAUUGGCCCAGUGUCGUCUGGGUUUGGCCGUGGUAGGCCAUCAUUGUAAAAAAUGAUUUGUUCUUAAAUUUAAGGUCAAAUUUUAAAAAAUCCUGAAACCAUGAUGUGAAAGCACAGUACAUUUGGGUUGGCCUGCUUUGGGUAAAUCAGGCAUGUGGUGGGGGCUGAGUGGGGUCCACUAUCCUGGCCUGUGGGUGGUGUUGACAAGGGACUGCCCUCUGAUGAUGCUGUGAUCUCAGUGGGCUAGGGGCCAGUCCCUCUUUCUACUCAAUCUCCUUAUUCACUGACUGACCUUCCCACUCACCAGCAUGCCUCAACUACAUUCCACACAUGCCAGUCCGAGUCUCAGCCUGGCACUAGGAGUGUGUGCCCGCCAGGGUGCCCCACGCUCAACAAAAGGUUGAGUGUUCAGACUGGGGGGGGGGGGGGGAGGCAGGGUGGGCCUAUCGGUAUGGUCCCUCUGGUUUGAAGGGCUACAGUGUGCAGAAAGGGUAGGACAGUGCCCACCUCCCUUACUGUAAUGAUCAGUGCAGUAUUACCACAUAUUGUCACAUCCCGUCUCCCAGAGCCAAAUGGACUCCUCAAUCCCUGGCUCGUAUGGUCGUUCUCUAUUGACAUCUUACUACUGUUGAAUGGACGGUAGUGGUACAAAAUACAGUGUUCCAUAUUCUCACGAGUCCAAAGGACUAGCUAGGCAAAUUUCCAUUGAAAGUGUUUUUUAGUCCAGGAGUAGGUUGAGUCUGAGUCAGGUAAUCGGGCCUCAAUUUGAAACAAAAUGCAGAAUGAAUAAAAAAAGCUUUUAAAAGCAUAAUCAAUGUAUAGCUUCAAAAUAAAAAUAAGCUGUUGGUCCUUUAAUUUGAGAACGGUAACAGUUCUCCUGCACGUCCCUCCGAGUGAAUUUAAUUUAGGAUUGUGGCUAGAAUGUAUUCUGUACUGUAACUGGGUUCGCCACAAAACAAAGACUACAUGAAAAGCAAUACCCAUUUCUUUUCAGUUUAUUUGGACAAUAAUCUAUUGUCUGUCAUUCCCAAUAACAGCUCUUAGUUGUGUGUUAUUUACAAUAAUCCAUGUGUUCGCAUGCCUUAACUUAAUAUUUGUAUAUUCUAUCCAUCCACAUUUUUGUUAAAAGUAUCUACAGUAUAUGCAAAGCUUGCUAAAACAACUUUUGAGCAAUACUGUAGUGAGACAGCAAGCUUGGAGAAGAUGGCACAAUUGAGCUCUUUGUGCCUUGGCUCUCUGCAAUUGUUCUUUUUAUACUAUUUGCUACCCCUCCUAUCAGCUUUCAGCUCAGACUAGUGUCUGCUCUCAAUAGCCUUCUGUAUGCAGCCAGAGAAUAGAGCCCAUGCCCUCGCCCCCUCUUUUGCUUUAUCUCUUUCUCCAUCUCUUCCUCUCCAUCUCUCGUUCCCUCUUUCCUUUUCCCUUUGUGUCUCUCCCUCCCCUCGCUCAUUCUCUUUUAAAUACAAACAAGUGCAAGUCCUAGCAGGGAGCCUGGUGUCACAGUUGGCUGUAUUCAGCUGGAUCUCGUUCAGAGUCGAAAGUGGAGCAGAAGAAUCAGGUGUGCAUAAUUUACAGAGCGAGAGCACCUGCCAGAUGAAUUGGCUUUGGAGCGUUGGGCAUAACAUAUGUAAUGAAAAGGAAAGCACUUGACCAUGUGGUGGGGUUGUGACACCGUGUGUGACCCGACAAGAGCAGGCACAAGCCACCACUGGACCGGACAGCUCCUCUGAGACGCACUGCUAUGCACUUUGAGGAGAAACAACUGUCUUAGGUUUUAACUUCAGUUGCAUUUUUCAUCUAACUGCAGUUGUGGGAUUUAUGCACAACGGGGUGGGUAAGUGUUAUGUUUUACAAAGAAAAUGAUAUGAGGAUAAUUUGAAAUUUAAAUGUAUAUUGUUUUUUGGUCUUAUUCUUUGACAAACGGUUUAAUAGAAUGAUCAGACUGUGCAACUACAAUAUAUUUUUAUCUCAAGUUUAUGAUCUUUGAAAUGUGAGCUGAAGAAAAUAAUGUUUCUGCCAUGUGAUCGAGCAGCCAAUUUAGUUUCAUUCAGACGAGUUCUUUGGGCAUUGCCAAUGUGAUGGAGAUGCAUAGUAACUUUGCCCUCAUAUUGAAUGCGUUCCUGAAUGUCUCUUUUUGGGGUUCAUUGUCCUGUAUGUUGUCAUGCAUCGUAUGUCAUAAUGUGCUUAUGUGACUGAAGGUUAUGACAUCAUUAGAUAAUGAAUACAUUGCUGCUUAUGCAA